AUGUCUGGUCUCGAAGCGCUAGGGGCUGCAGCAAGCAUCAUCGGCGUGGUCGGCGCGCUUAAAACAUGUAUAGACCUGCUCGACAUCAUUUCGACUGCAAGGGGUGCUGAUCUAGAGCUGGAGCAUCUGCUGGUCCAUUUGCAAUGGCAGCGCAUAAGGUUUUACUGCUGGGUCCAGGAAACCGGGUUCACCGAGGCGAUCAUUCAGGACGACGAAAGACCAGCCAUGCAGGCUUCGGAUAUGUUGGAGUUUAUCCAGGACGAUUUUCGCCGGGGACACAUUCUUUCCCACAUCCAAAGUGGUGGGGGGAGAGAGGCAGCACAGCCGAAGCUUGGCCUCUGGGCCAGGAUUCGGUGGGCUUCAUGCGAUGGAAAGCAGCUGACUCACCUAGUUGAUACACUUCGAAAGUACAACACCGAGUUAGCUGAUUUGCUGCCCUUCUAUCGCAUGGCUCGGUUUGAACGACGGAUUGGUCGAGUGUUAGUGACCACCCGCCAGCUGGCUGCCAGCUUGGCUGACAUUAGCUCAAAGAUUAACACUACGAGUGAUAUCGGCACUGGACAAUUUGGUCGACAGUAUAGCCUCAUGGCACAGUUACUUGAGAGCAAACACCAAACAGAAGUUUUAGAGAGAGACCAGCCAAAGCCGGUAGAUAUGAGCAAUAACGAACAUGUAGAGGCUCUCACGUUGGCCCCGACCAUUGCAGCAUCGCAAGCAUCCCUGAAUCUCCGAGCGUCUGAGGUUCGAUUUGGCAGACGGGGGACUGAAGGUUUUCGCACUCGAGAAUUUGGUUCCAGGGAGACCUCCCCAUUAAUAAUCGAAUGGCGCCAUUAUUCAUCAGAAGAAACACAAGAAACCCGAUCCAGCAUCGACAUUCACGUUCACAUGCUCGCCAUGCAGCUCCAACAGCUCUCUGCUCUACAUCAUACUGGUGUCUUGCCAUGUCUGGGUUAUUUUCAUGAUCCGAAGUGUUACCGUUACGGAAUCGCCUUCCAUUACCCAAGGGGCGACAGCGCGGCAUCGCCGACCUCCCUAGCGGAUAGACUCAAUCAAGACCAGCCACGGCGCAUCCGCAGAGACCUAGGAGACCGUCUCCGUGCCGCGCACAGCCUCACCGGAACUGUAUACCAGAUGCUCUCUGUGAACUGGCUUCACAAAAGUAUUUCCAGCAGCAAUGUACUGCUGUUUGAGGUUGAGAGGGAUUCUUAUACAGUUGAGACGCCUUUCCUGUGCGGGUUCGAUCUUACGCGACGAGAUAACGACAUGGAACCAUCUGGGAAGCUUCCUUCUAUCUAUCUUAACAACUUCCCAUCCCUCAACGAGCGUCUCUACUGGCAUCCGACCAGGACCGCAGCAGUGCCUGAUUUAACUGCGAGCGCAGUGGGAUACACUCUUCCACUAACAAGGUACCGAAGGGAAUUCGAUAUCUAUAGCCUUGGAGUGGUUCUCCUAGAAAUUGGUCUGUGGUACCCCAUUAAGCGAAUUUUCAAAGAUUGCCAGACGGAGGAUCUCGGGGUCUUUUCUGAACAAUUAAAGGCUAAAUAUGUACCGGAGCUCAGAGGGCGCAUGGGAAGAGUCUACGCAGAUGUUGUCGUCAACUGUCUGAAAGGGAAUUUUGGCGAGGGCUACAUUCCACUCCACGAUGGAUCGGAAUCCAGUGCUGAGGAUGAUAAGGAACUCCGAAGACGGCGGUUUCUGGAAGAUUUUGAGCGAAAAAGUUGUCUGCAUGAUAGAGACACCUGUAGGUUGAUUCCUGACACAGCCGAAUGA